CCGCAAACUCUUUCGUGGCUCCUCUGAAAAUAAUCUCCCCCUUUUCUCUCUCCGUUUACCUCAAUUGAGUUUCCAGCCCUUUUGUUCGCUCUUCUUAUCACUUGGAAAAAGGUGAACCCUCGUGUUAUUUUUAUUUUAAUCUUUGCUUUAAUUGUAGUUUUUACCCUUGUGGUCCCUGAUGGCUUCGCACAGUGAUACUCUGGUGGUGUUCUUUGGGGCAACAGCUGGUGCAAAUGGGGGUAAACUGGGUUCGGAUGAGAGGGAAAUAAUUCUCUUGGUGUGGCAAAUUGUGGAUCUACAUGAGAAAAAGGUCGGGAAGCUUCAGAGGUGUCUUGUCAAACCAGAUACUUUGGAGCUGACAGAGCAAUGUAAAGAGGAGACAGGACUGACUCUGGAAGACAUCGUCAAAGCUGAGCCUCUGGAUAAAGUGCUGCACCAGUUCCAGCAGUCAGUGUCAUCAGAACUGAAAAGCCUCGGCAGAAGCUCUUACACACUUUGUGUCAACAGUCCUCUUGUCAUCCGUCAGGCGCUCCACCCUGAAGCUUCCAAAAAGAAUAUUGUCCUUCCUGAAUGUUUCUUUUCAUUUGUGGACCUGAGGAAGGAGUUUGAGAAAUGCUGCCCCAACGCCGCUCCUGCGCAAAGGCUCACACUCGCCUCCAUGUUGGAAUAUGUUGGUCUUCCUGCCGUGACAGAGCAGUUGAUGGGGGUGAAGGAGGUGAGGAGCAUGGUACAGCUGACACUUUGCAUCCUGGCUGAGCCCUACAAUCACACGUUCUCCUGCGUUGAAACAGUGAAGUACAAGUUUGAUUCCGGCACAUGCAGUAAGACGGAGCCAGUGGACAAUGAGACAGUGAUUAGAGCACGGGGGCUUCCAUGGCAGUCCUCAGACCAAGACAUUGCUCGCUUCUUUAAAGGCCUCAGUAUUGCCAAAGGUGGCGUGGCCUUGUGUCUUAACGCUCAGGGCAGGAGGAAUGGCGAGGCCUUGGUUCGUUUCAUCAACUCAGAACAUAGGGACCUGGCCCUAGAGCGUCACAAGCACCACAUGGGCAGCCGCUACAUUGAGGUCUACAAGGCCACAGGAGAGGAAUUCCUCAAGAUUGCUGGAGGUACAUCUAACGAGGUGGCCCAGUUCCUGUCCAAAGAGAACCAGGUGAUUAUCCGUAUGCGGGGUCUGCCAUUCAUCGCAACACCCCAGGAAGUGCUGUCCUUCCUCGGGCCCGAGAGCCCAGUUACAGAUGGUGCCGAGGGUCUGCUGUUUGUCAAGUACCCGGACGGACGGCCCACCGGCGAUGCCUUUGUGCUCUUCUCUUGUGAAGAGUAUGCCCAGAAUGCCCUGAAGAAGCACAAGCAGAUCCUAGGGAAGCGGUAUAUUGAGCUGUUUCGGAGUACUGCGGCUGAGGUGCAACAGGUCCUGAACCGCUAUAUGUCCACGCCUCUGAUCUCCACACUGCCCCCUUCACCUAUCAUGCCCGUCCCGGUCCUCGCCACGCCUCCCUAUCUUCCAGCGGCCAGCAGCACUCGUGACUGCAUCCGCCUCCGUGGCUUGCCCUACACUGCCGGCAUUGAAGACAUCCUGGAGUUCAUGGGAGAGCACACCGUUGACAUCAAACCCCAUGGAGUCCACAUGGUCCUCAACCAACAGGGUCGGCCCUCUGGUGACGCUUUCAUCCAAAUGAAAUCAUCUGACAAGGCGUUUAUGGUGGCCCAGAAGUGCCAUAAAAAGACCAUGAAGGACCGUUACGUCGAGGUGUUCCAGUGCUCCACCGAAGAGAUGAGCAUCGUGCUGAUGGGAGGAACCCUGAACCGCAGCGGCCUCUCACCUCCACCCUGCAAGCUUCCCUGUCUGUCUCCCCCCACAGCCUACGCUGCCUUCCCCACCCCGCCUGCUAUUCUCUCAGAGGCUGCCCUCUACCAGCCCCCCCUGCUGGCUGCUCCCAGACCUCCUCAGACCACCGCACACAGCCCAGCUCACACUCUGUCGUACUACCCCCCUCACCCACACCUGUACAUGAAUAUGAACAUGAACUACACAGCUUACUACCCCAGCCCCCCAGUUUCUCCUUCCACAGUUAGCUACUUUGCAGCCCCACCAGGAGCAUUGGCAGCCGCAGUGGCAGCCCAACCCCACGGAGCCGCUGCCUCUUCUGUACUGCCUCAACCAGGCGCCCUGGUUAGGAUGCAAGGCCUGCCCUACAAUACCGGAGUUAAGGACAUUCUCAGCUUCUUCCAGGGAUACCAGCUCCAGCCAGACGCCGUUCUUAUCUUGUACAACUUCAGUGGCCAGUGCAGCGGCGAGGCCUUGAUCACCUUCCCCAGUGAGGAGAUCGCCCGGCAGGCAGUAGCCGAGCGCUCCAAUCACCCCUUCUACGGCCAGCAGGUCAACUUGGUCUUCUGUAACUGACCACCAGCCCCUCAUCUAUCCCGCCUCCCUCAAAUUAACCUCCCGAUGAAGAGCACUCGUCUCCCAAAUACACAUCUCUUUAGCAACAGCUUUUCCAUAAAACUGAACUGAAGUUCCAUUUGAUCACAGUGCCACUUUAACAACUUCUGAACCUCUCCCCUUUUCCAUGAUCCUGCCAUUUAUUAAUACACGCUGACACUGCUGGCCCUGACACUCCUGAAGCCACUGCUGGAGUUUGGACGUCCACCGGUGAAGCAAUGUGGAGCUAAUGACUUUGUGGAUGUCACACAUAGCAUUUUUGUGUAUUUGUACCUACUGUAAUAGCUGGUUGUGGAGAAGCGGUGGUGUAGAGCUUGGACACACUCGUAUCAGUGGCUCUGCUAAGCCAAAUAAGCAUGUAUAUUUAAAUGCUCUGUGUCCCCCGUAAAACUGUACAGAUCCUGAAAUGCUUGAGGCUGUACAAGCCACUUCUGCAUACAAUCUUUUCCGUAUAUUUCGAAAUGUUCACUCUUAACCACUACAAGAUGACUUUGGUUUUUUCAGCAUUUAUGAUCCCUCUGUGCAAACACAGAUUUGUGUAUGUGCAUGCACAAUGUUUAUUGAUUUGAUGACCUUCAGCAGUGUAGUUGUGCCAUUUAAAGAGAGAGAGAAAAAAAGCCAUAAAGACUACUGAACCAACAGAGGGAAUAUCAAACUGUACUUGACUCAAUAGUCAUGGAUUAAUUUCAGAUAACCUUGAGUUGCAGUGACUAUCAAUUAAAACUACAAGACCACAUAUGUGCCAGUGUCCCAACUAAUUUGUAACUUAAUUUUUCUGUUUUAAAAAAAAAAAAGCAAAAAAAAAAGCAUGUAUGUGUGACAUACAUGUCAUCCAAU